AAUGGACAAAAAAGUUUAUGAUAGUGUUCAUGCUCUGCCGCUGAGCACAUAACUCUGCUAAAAAUCUGUUGACUUAGUAACAUCCUUAUCUGAGCUUCAUUUUUCUCACGAAAGAGUUUCAGAACAUUUUACCUAAUACUUUUGAAUUCUUAAGCAAACUUGAUUUCUCCGAAGAUGUAGUGUGCGAUAAAGUUAUCUUUCUAGUGCUGAGAUAAGAGUUCUGAUAAACUUUGUUGUCUGUGUACUCGAUAGCUCAUUAGGUUGUGCUGAGACUAGUACGGAUUGUAAGUGUCGGUAAACAAUGGAAGACGGAUACUUGUGAAUCAUGAAAGUUCUUAACUACGAUAAUGGAAUGGUCGAAAUUUCUCCAAUAACACUUUUUCCAAUAGGACAUUUGCCAACGGCGACAGUCCAGAUCGUGUGUUGACUAAAGUAGGGUAGAAUUUCGCAAGCUGUCACGAAAUAAUAUUAAUAUAGAAUACAUGUGAAGGCUGAAGUAACAAUGUUAUAAUAUAUAUAUAUGUCAUAGCUUUUACUCAUCAAUGUAGUUAACAGGAAUUUAUGUAAUCCAUACUUAAUUUACAGUCAAAUUGGCGAAAUUCUGAAGCUCCCGAUCGUGUAUACCCUCUACAGAUUUUUCUCAUUGGCUUUCUUGUUUUUUUCCUAUUUGAGGUAUGUGAUGUCUGUGCUGUUCAUGAUAACUUAAAAUAGAUAAGAAACAAAGAAAAAAAGCAGCGUUUCAGACUUGUUGUGCCUUAGAGUUGGUGACGGUUAUAUUUUUCUCUUGUUAUACGUUCUUCAACAUCAAGCAUUACUGUGUUUUCUAUCAUUGUGUUACUUAUCUCGCCGUUACCCUCAAUAGUGGCAACAACUUCACAUGGUGACCAGGAUAAUUCAAGUAUUCUACAACAAGUUUGUUCAAAACUGGGUCUCAACGAAGAUCAAUGUUGCAAGUUGAGUAAAGCCAGCUCGUUUGCUGGAUACGCAGCAGCAGCUGUUGGUAUUCCUGCUCUGCUCGCCUAUAUGGGUUUCACUGCAACUGGUAUUACUGCUGGGUCGUGGGCUGGAUGGUAUCCAUCAACAUAUGGAAUUGGAACUGUCUUUUCAUGCCUGCAAAGUGUCUCGAUGACAGGCAUAGACGCAUCGGCUGUAACAAAAACAGAUGUGGUGGCGACUGCCAUCAAAAGUUAUUUUUUCACUAGUGAUUGCAAGAAGAAAUCAACAGAAGAUGAUGAAUGUCGAAAAAAAUAA